AUGUCAGGUCUUCCAGAAGGGCGUAUCGUCCGAACCUUCUCUCGCAUGGGGACACUCCAAGUUGAGGCUAGAAAUAUUUUGAAGUGGUUUGAGGACCAUGAUGACGGAAAUCAAUGGAUUGUGGUGCUGGGCCUGCCCCCAAACAUCAUUGAGAGGCUGGACAACGAUCCCCACACCAGCCUCGGGGGAGUAACCUAUCGGUUCCAAUGGGAACAAACCACUGGGCUUAUUAAAGUCGUUUCUAGCCAUAUCCAUGAAGGGGUGACACGUCAAUUCGCAAAUUUCGUCACUUCUAAACUAGUUGGUAUGGGAAUUCCCUUGUGGUUUGGAGCGACGACAUACCGCUUCUCCGCUGGCAAAGGGAAGCAGGGCGAUGAUGUGUUUGUUCCGCCCUCUCGGUGCUUGCUAACCGUCGGCUGGCCGACCCUUGUUAUUGAAACGGGGUUUUCGGAGUCGCUCCCACGCCUUCGCCAGGAUGCGUUCAAGUGGUUCGCGGACUCGAACGGAGAGGUCCGGUUUGUGAUCCUCGUCAAGGUCCGAUCGCAAACUUUCUUUUAUGAAAAGUGGUACCUGGCCCCGCCGAAUGCCCCCCGGCCCUUCACCCGCGCGUAUACCGAUAUGCCCUGCUCACAAGUGCCGAACACACCCCCACUUAUCACACAACCGGUACCGGUCCAACAGCCCUACUGUGCCAGCGAGGUCAGAGUGACCCUCAGCGCGGUCGCCGGACAGCCCAACCUGGUGGUUGGUGCCCCUAUGGUGUUUCCAUUCGUCGCCCUGUACGACCGCCUCCCAGCGCCGGGUGAAAAUGACAUUUUCUUGCAACAAACUGAUUUUGAAUGCAUGUCGGAAGUUCUCCUCCUUCUCUAA